UUCUUUUUCAUUCUUUCGUCCUGUGUCUUUUUAUUUUCUAACAAUAACCUGUCGUUCGUUUCUCUAUGUAGGAUCUCAGAAUCUUUACUGUGCAUAACCUAGGAAUUUCAAAUAGGCUUCCCAAAAUUUUAAAUGCCCCCCCACCUCCCCAAUUGGUAAGCAAGAUUUCAGAGUCUUCCAAAAUAGCCCUUUUUCAUCUUAUGUAAUUAAAGACCCACGAGCUUUCAAAGAAGCUCUGGAUUUUCCACAGUGCACCACAAUCCCCCCCCAUUUCUCUCUCUCUCUCUCUCUCUCUCUCUCUCUCUCUCUCUCUCUCUCUCUCUCUCGUGCGCGUGUGUGUGUGUGCGCGCGCGCGUGUUCGUGCGUUCUCUUUCAUUUCUACCAUUAGGAAACUCGUUCAGGGCCACUGAAAAGUCAGGAAAGGCUCAGAUCUUAUUUCUCAUGGAUUCCUGCCUUUCCAGAAACGCUGCCAUCCAAUAAGUAUGAAGAUGUUAUUUUGGAGAAACAAUUACUCCCCUACCAAAAAAUAAAGCGCCAGAGGAGGAAAAAAAGGCGAGGCUGGAAGACAAGGAAGCAGCUUGGGUUCGCUGGUGGAGGAAAGUGCGAUCUGGGGUCAGGCUGGGGGUUCCAGUCUCUUACUUCAGCACCGGAGGGGAUGGACAGCGUCUCCGGACUGGGCUGCAGCUACAAGGACCAAACUGAGCUGCUGCUGCUGCCACCGCCUCCGCUGUCCUUGCCGCCACUGUCGUCGCCACGGGCAGCUGAGCACCCUGCUCCUCGCAGCUAAAAGGCGGUGCCUCCUAAUAAUCCCCCCUGCCUCCCUGUCCCUUUCCUUGAUGGACGAAAAAUAACCCUCCCUACUCUACUGCUACACGUAGGGAGAGGGCUCUGAGGAGUACUCUGGCUCCACAGUUAAACUCUCAGCCACAACUUCAAGAAUAAUUUUUCUAUAGGGGAGGUAGGAGGAAUGCAGGCUGAAGAGUGAAGUUCAAGUUCUUAGAAGCACUGAGAAAUCAUGGGCACUGCAGUAGGGGCUGAAAUACUCAAAGGCCCAUAGUUCAUGAAAUAAGCAGGAUGCUCCUGAGUGGAUCGUAACUCUUUUGGAAAUAGCUCUGUGAGAGGAGGCUGGAGAUCUACUCAAAACCUUACGUUAGAGAAACUGAAGACACAUCUAUUUCCGCUACUUGGCAGGUGACUCCUAAAAAAAAAUACCUAUGUAGCUGACAUUCCAUUUCUACUGGAGAGUAAUGAACUAGAGCCAAGAAUAGUUUACAGGAUCUUUGGGGGACAAUGAAAUAUGACCAACACCACCACUGGGAUUCCUUCAGACUGCUCUCCAGAAUGUUGAGAUUGCCAAAGAAGUGACCACAACAAAGGAAAAUAUUGCUCUACCUAUAUUCAACAACACUGUAUGGUGAGAGGUCUUUCCCUCCUUUUCAUCAAUGAGGUGACAAAACUAUUAGCAACAGAGUGGACAUCCUGAGCCAGGAAAUUUGAGUCACAUCUGCAAUGCAUUGCUAUUUCUCAGGUGAAGAUACAGCUAGAUGAACCAUCCAUGAACCAGAAAGCAACCUUCUCAAGAUACAGAAUCUGCUGGGACCUUGAAGUUCAACUUCCAGCAUCCAAAACUAUCACAUCCUUUGUGGUGCCAUAGCACAUGGAUUUCAGAACCGCCUGUGAGGAGACAAAGACAGGGAUUUGUUUGCUGCAGGAUGGUAAUCAAGAGCCUUUCAAAGUCCGGCUGCACCUAGCCAAAGAUAUUCUGAUCAUCCAGGAGCAGGAUGUGAUUUGUGUGUCUGGUGAGCCUUUCUAUUCUGGUGAAAGAACGGUGACCAUCAGAAGACAAACAGUGGGAGGAUUUGGAUUAAGCAUAAAGGGAGGAGCAGAGCAUAACAUUCCAGUUGUCAUUUCAAAAAUCUCUAAGGAGCAAAGAGCUGAACUUUCAGGACUACUCUUUAUUGGGGAUGCAAUUCUACAGAUAAAUGGGAUUAAUGUGAGAAAAUGCAGACACGAAGAAGUGGUGUUUCUAUGGUCAUUUGACCAUAUUGCUUUGGACCGGAGGCAGUACACUGCAUCAUGUUGGGAGGAUGAGAUUGAAGAGGUUCAGGUUCUUCGAAAUGCUGGAGAAGAAGUGACUCUAACUGUUUCAUUUUUAAAACGAGCACCCGCCUUCCUUAAACUCCCAUUGAAUGAAGACUGUGCAUGUGCUCCAAGUGACCAGAGCAGUGGUACCUCUUCUCCUCUUUGUGACAGUGGCUUGCAUCUCAACUAUCAUCCGAACAAUACAGACACUCUAUCAUGUUCCUCAUGGCCAACAUCUCCAGGCUUGAGAUGGGAGAAGCGAUGGUGUGACCUCAGACUGAUCCCUCUGCUUCACUCCCGCUUGUCCCAAUAUGUUCCUGGCACAGAUUUGACUCGGCAGAAUGCCUUUCAAGUCAUUGCUGUGGACGGGGUAUGCAGUGGAAUUAUUCAGUGCCUCUCAGCCGAGGAAUCUGUUGACUGGCUACAAGCAAUAGCAACGAAUAUUUCAAACCUCACAAAGCACAAUAUUAAAAAAAUCAACAGAAACUUUCCUGUAAACCAGCAGAUUGUCUACAUGGGCUGGUGUGAAGUGCGGGAGCAGGACCCCCUCCAAGACCGUGUGUACUCCCCGACUUUUCUAGCCCUGAGGGGCUCGUGUCUGUACAAGUUUCCAGCACCUCCAGUGACUACCUGGGACUGGACUCGAGCAGAGAAAACAUUCUCAGUUUAUGAGAUUAUGUGCAAGGUUCUCAAGGACAGUGACCUGCUGGACCGGCGGAAACACUGCUUCACUGUGCAGUCCGAGUCUGGGGAAGACCUCUACUUCUCCGUGGAGUUAGAGUGUGACCUUGCCCAGUGGGAAAGAGCCUUCCAAACGGCCACCUUUCUAGAAGUAGAACGGAUACAGUGCAAGACGUAUGCCUGUGUGCUAGAAAGUCAUCUAAUGGGCCUCACCAUUGACUUUAGCACAGGAUUUAUCUGCUUUGAUGCUGCAACAAAGGCUGUACUUUGGAGGUAUAAAUUUUCUCAGCUUAAAGGUUCUUCAGAUGAUGGCAAGAGCAAAAUCAAAUUUUUGUUUCAGAAUCCAGAUACUAAACAGAUUGAAGCAAAGGAGCUGGAAUUUUCAAAUUUAUUUGCUGUUCUUCACUGCAUUCAUUCAUUCUUUGCUGCCAAAGUAGCUUGUUUGGACCCUCUAUUUUUAGGCAAUCAGGCUACUGCUUCUGCUGCUGCCAGCUCUGCUACUACAAGCAAAGCAAAGUACACAACUUGACAUACUGAUUUCCGAACUGACAGUUACCCCAACUAGAUAAACAGACUAAACAUAUUCAUCAUUUUACUCCCUGGAGAAACCAUGAUAUCACCAAGUCAACAAUGGAAUCAGAUUGAAGUUUCAGCAGAAAAAAAAGAUGGUCAUGACUCAUCUCAAAUGCAUUUCUAUUCUGGAAGGCAUCUGUAAAUAAUCCUAGAUGAACAAGACAGCCUGUUCUCACUUGGUUGAUGUGUAUCCACAUACUGCUUUCACCAAAUGUGAAGAUCAAGAAAUGAAUGGUAUGAAGAUGUAUGUAAAUAAUAUAAAAAAGUUGUAAGCUACCUAUAAAUAAAAAUAAUAAUUAAAUGGUUAUUUCUGUAUUUUAGAUUAUUUUGUAUGACAAAUACAUAUUGGGCCAGAUCAUGAACCCCUGCCCUGUCAUUGUAUUAUGAGUGUAAAGAGGCUAAAAAACAAAAAUGACAGCAAGGAGCAUGCAAAAAAAAAAUCAUCAAAAGAGAGAAGCACUUUAAUUUGCUAAUGUAAAUUUCUCCUUGUGUUCUUACUCCAUGAUUCUGCACUGGCA